GCUCGGAGCCCACUCGCUUCUCGACCUUGCUUGGACACACACACACGGCAGCAGCAGGAGCAAGGAUGAGCGGGGUGGCGAUCUACCGCUCAGUCUACACAGAGGAGCAGUUCGCCCGGCGCUUCGGCGGCUCCAGGGCAGAGGAGAAGGUGAGCCCGGGGUUGCAGGAGGUGGCCAGGAGGAGAUGCCCCUGCUCCGGCAAAGCCGCCAAACGCUUCUGGACCAAGCGGCUGCCCUUCCUCACCUGGCUCCCGAGGUACAAGCUCCGGCGCUGGCUCAUUGGAGACAUUAUCGCAGGACUCACAGUGGGAAUCAUCCACAUCCCACAAGGAAUGUCCUUUGCCCUGCUGACCUCUGUGGCUCCAAUUUAUGGACUCUACACCUCAUUCUUCCCGGUGGUGCUGUACAUGCUGUUUGGAACGGGAAGGCACGUGUCCACAGGUACCUUUGCCGGGAUUAGUUUGAUGACCGGCUCCGUGGUGGAGCGCUUGGUGCCGCACCAGGUGGGAUGGAACGCAACGAACCAGGAAGACCCGGAGCUGGAGAAGCAGCGAAUCUCCGUGGCAUCGGCCGUGACCUUCCUCUCGGGGCUUAUGAUGAUCUGUAUGUUUGUGCUGCAACUGGGAUUCCUUUCCACCUACUUGUCCGACCCAAUCGUGAAGGCAUUCACCAGCGGGACCGCCUUCCACGUCACCAUCUCGCAGCUCAACACCAUGCUUGGACUGAGGCUCCCGAGAUUCACUGGACCCUUCACCCUCUUUAAGACGCUGGCAUCUUUGCUCGGAGCUCUCUCCAUGACAAACAUAGUCGAGCUGAUCAUUUCUCUCAUUUGCCUCGGCGUGCUCAUUCCGAUGAAAGAGAUCAACAGCCGGUUCAGACAGAAAUUCAGGACCCCCAUCCCUAUCGAGAUCAUCGUGCUUAUCGUGGCUACUGCUGUUACCUUUGCAACAUCACUUGACAAGUGCUGCAAUGUCCAGAUUGUGGGGCACAUUCCUGCAGGAUUUCCGAGCCCUCAGAUGCCGGCUCUGGACAGGAUCCCGAGUCUGAUUGGAGACACAGUGGCGAUUACCUUCGUUGGCUAUGCUGUGUCUGUAUCGCUGGCCAUGAUAUAUGCGGACAAGCACAGAUACACCAUCGACCCCAACCAGGAGCUGCUAGCCCAUGGCAUUUCCAACACCAUCUCCUCCCUCUUCACCUGUUUCCCAAGCUCAGCUUCCCUGGCUACCAGUAACAUCCUCGAAAGCGCAGGCAGCCACACACAGCUCGCUGGCGUUUUCACGUGUCUCGUUGUCUUGGUGGUGUUACUUCUGAUCGGUCCGCUGUUUUACUUCCUACCCAAGGCAGUCCUGGCUUGUAUUAACAUCACCAGCCUGCGGCAGAUGUUCCUCCAGUUUCAGGACCUCCCGCAGCUCUGGAGAGUCAGUCGAAUGGACUUUAUGGUGUGGGUGGUCACAUGGCUGGCCGUGAUCACCCUCAAUGCCGACCUUGGACUUGCCGUGGGGGUGGUCUUCUCCAUGAUGACCGUGAUCUACCGCACUCAGAGGGCUGACUGCUCCAUGUUGGGUCGAGCCUCCAACACCGAGAUCUACCGACCUGUGGAGGAGAACAGCAUGUGCCACGAAAUUCCUGGUCUGAAGAUACUGGCUUACAACGCUCCCAUUUACUACGGAAACAAAAACUUCUUCCGGGAUGCCAUGAGCAAGUUAAUUGGACUGACUCAGGAAAAGGUCAAAGCAAGGUCAAAGGCCAAGAGGAAAAUGGAGAAGAUAAACAAGAUGACGAUCGCCACCAUUGAGAAUGGCCUUCCACAAUCUGCCAGCUCAUUGGACAAAGACACGUCACCGACAGGGAGUCAACAGGAAAGGAUUCAGUCGGUGGUCAUCGACUGCAGCAGCAUCAUAUUCAUUGACACAGCAGGAGCUAGACUGUUUGUUCAGGUACGUCUCCAGCAGCACCAGAGGGUGCUGGAUCUGGUGAAC